CAGUAACUUAUUGAUGAUCUCACGGACCAGUGCUACAACAGUUGGGCGCUAUAUUUAAUACUCGCUUAGCACCACGAUUUCUGUUGCAAAUUAAGCCAUCUCUCAUACCCACCUCACACAGACCGUGUGUAAUGGAGCAGGAGCUCAACCUUCAACUCACCCUCUUCCACGCCUCGUCGGCCUCGCCGGAGCCGCCGGGCUACUUCGUCUGCAUGUACUGCGACCGCAAGUUCUUCAGCUCCCAGGCGCUCGGCGGCCACCAGAACGCGCACAAGUACGAGCGCAGCCUGGCCAAGCGCCGGAGGGAGAUCGCCACUGCCCUCCGCGCGCACGGGGCGGCCGCACGCGACGCCGGAGUCGCCGUCUUCGCAGAAGAUAAGAGGGCGAGGAUGGACGAGCAGCUGCAGCCUGCUGCCGUUGCCGCCGCUCCGGUGCCGAGCAGCAAGAGGAGGUCGUCGGAGCAUGUCUACGGCGCCGACGAGCUGGACCUCACCCUCAGGCUUUAAUUGGUUCCUCUUCGAUCCUCCUCCUCCACCCAGCUUUAAUUGGCCCCGUUUGUUUGCUUAGAUAAUUCGAUUUCGAUCUUUAUGGUGAGUGCAAGUCAGCUGUUUCGAGGUAACCACCGUGCGUCAGUGUUGGAUUCUAUCGUCAUGAUCGAUCAGCUCCUCAUGUACGUACUAGCCCAUGUGUAAUUGAUGUGUUCUUCUCAUGGAAUUCAUCGGCAAGAACUUAUAUUGCCGGUGCUGCUAUCCAAAGGGCGUGGUAUUUGGUGUGCUAGCUCUUCGGUUGUGUCCUGAUGUUUCUCAAUUAUGUUAGAGCUUUCAGUCUUUAGCAGGCAUCCGUCUUUAAUUGAAACAAUCUGUACUGUUGGGAGCUUCUUCAGGUGAUCUUAAAUUCUUAAUAUAUGCCAUAUCUCUUGUGCCCCCC